UGGGAACCAAAUAACACCACGUGGUUCCGUGGAAGGUGAAUGCCGCAUUAGGACAAGAAUACUCUGCUCUGCUCUGCCACUGCGCCCUUGGAAUGCGCCUUAUUGUCGACGUUUCCCAGGCGGCUUUUUCUCUCUAUUGCCGUGGCCAUGACACGCUCGGACAAGAAACAGCCAGUGUUGCAUCGCAGGCGUUCCCUGAGGCUCAGUAAUCUCGAACAUGGUAUCAAAUUGGCAGAACCCAUCAAAUUAGGAUCAUUCAAGGUGCACAGGAAGAGGCACAGAGUCCUGGACGAUGCGAAUACUACCGUAGCGCCGACACCGUCUUGUUCUCCUACCAUUGCAAUGCGUACUCGACGUAUGACGCUCUCGGACCCGGAUAAUCGGGAACAGGCUCUAACGUGGCGGGAGCAUGACCUGGCAAUGAAAUCCAAGGAACUCGAACAGCGUCUUGCUGCCUUGUCAAAGAAGGAAGAAGAAACAAGUGCUCUUUUGCAGCAAGCAAAAGAAAGAGAGGCGCGAGACAUCUUCCGGCAGCUUGAGGAGCAUUUCACUUGCUCGCUAUGCUACGACAUAAUGGCAUCUCCGUUCUCAUUGAAUGCCGCGGGACAGUGCGGCCACACGUUCUGUGCCAUGUGUAUCCUUAAAUGGACAUUCUCGCGUUUGCAUAGACUCUGCGGCUGCUGGCAUGAAUCCGUCGAUUGUCCCAUUUGCCGGAGUUUGGUGGUCAUGACACCCGAAAAGCCUCCUCGACUAGACUUCACGUUCCCUUUUGUUCCGAAUAGAACUGCCUCAGCUAUAUGUGAUUCAUGGGUCGAGAGGCUUGCAUACCUGCUGUCUGAGACAAAGAAGGGGAGAGGCGGCAAGAAGAAUAGGACCCGUGUUGAUAACCCCUCUGAUUUGCCGCACUGGAGAGAGGGCGGCGCCGCGCGGAAAGAAUGGCUCAGGAAACGUAGUGAAGGGAAGGCAUUGAUGUCGUCCUUGUACAGCAAUUGGAGCCGUCUGACACCCGAGAAUUUCGCAGCCAUGAAGGAUGACUUGGGUGUAUAGGCUGUAUGGUUUCAUCAACCUCACCCCCAUAUACCCUCAACGUCGCAUCAGUUAUUUUCACACGAAUCACUUAUACUUAUUGCAUGCCCACUCAUCCACUUGCAAUCGCCAAUUAUCCUGUAUUACUACCCAUCUGA